AUGGUCAUCGACUAUUCAAAAUGGGACAACCUCGAGAUCUCUGACGAUUCCGAUGUCGAAGUCCACCCCAACGUGGACAAGAAAUCCUUCAUCCGCUGGAAACAGCGUGAUAUCCACGACAAGCGUGAACAACGUUCCCAAACAAAAGACCACAUGAAACUCGAACACCAAAUGAACGAUCGUUUAUUAUCUCGUAUCGAAACUCUUCACAAUGCUUUGAAAUCCCAUAUCGAAAGCUCUGAAACUAAAGAAGGGACGCCCGAGGAAUUCGUCCUCCAAACACUCUUGGAUACUACCACGCCUGAGGAUCUGCAGAAGGCCCAGGUUCUUGGGAAACCGGAUCCUAAUGCUCCCACUUAUGCUGAGAUGUUGACAAAGUUGGCGGAUAAGGUCUCGUCUGAAAUUCCAAAGAACGCGGCUGAUAGAUGGAAGGCAUUUGAAAAGGGUAUCUUGGGGUUCAAGAAUGAGUUGAAGACAAGAAAUGAUGCUAGCAAAGCUGAGUUAGAAAAGAUGGAACGGGAAGACUCCAGGAAGAUUACCUCGCAGGGACUAAGAGACGGCUUCAAUACGACACAUGUGGCGAAGGCCGACCCUACACCACCACCUGCCCCAGAGUCAUCCAAGAAAGCAGGAAAAUCAAAGAUCGAAACCGUCGAACUUCUCAACUCUGGCUCUUCAAAGCCUAGCGGGUUUGAUUCUCUAUCUUCGGGUGCCGAAGCAGACAUCGAUGAAGAAGAUACCGACGAAGAGUCAGAGUUCGAUAGACAGCAUCACGCCACAAAACUAGGCAAGGAUUUUGGCAAGAUCAAACCAUCGGAUCUACGUGCGAGUGCAGAGUUCAUCGCCAAGAAUCCCACUGUUCUAGCAGAACGAGAAUCGGAUGGACUUCUGAUCGAAGCCUUCAAUGCUCAAAUUGACGGAAAGGAUACAUUGACAAAGCAAUAUGUCCACCAGGCUCUUCUGCUUCAGUACUGCAGACAACUAGGUGGCAGCUCAAACGCAGUCCAACUGUUCUUCAAAAGAAUCACUACCCCAAACCAUACUGCCCAAGCAGCGUUCUUUAAUGAUGUUAAUGACACACACUUCAAACUCAAGGGCCGUGCUAUCGAAAUUGCCAAGGAGAAGGGUGAGACGAAGGAAGUUGAACAAAUCCAACUACAUGCAGUUGACCCGAACCAACAAAUAUACAUCGAAAUCCCACCCAAGGAUUCAGAUGAUCCGCAACUCAAAGAGGCCCGCCAGAUUUUUGAGACUUUUCCUCCAGGAUUUCAGAAAGCUCUUGAGACUAAGGAUCUUGAUAAGAUCAAUGUUGUCCUAGGAAAGAUGUCUGUAGAUGAAGCCGAGGAGAUUGUUGGAAAAUUGAGUGAGAGCGGAAUGUUGAGCCUAAUCGAAGAAAUCAUCGACUCAACAACCGAAGAAGGCCAGGCAAAACUUGCUGCCCUCGAAGCUGAGAAGAAAGAUAAAGGAAAACAAUCCACCCUUGCUGGUGAAACCAUCAAGGAAGAGGAGGAGUAUAACCCAUUGGUCGAUGAAGUUGAUUAA